AUGAGUGAGGAUACUAGCCCACGGGUAAUGUGUACAGUGCACGAUUUAGAGACCUAUUGCGUCAUCGUCGCUUCUUCCGGUCGUGCGGGGGGGGGCGGGGGACAGGGGGGAUCAGGCCGGGGGGGUGCGGGCGGUAGUGGCGAGCGGGGAGCGGCGGCGGACAUUUUGCGGCGGCUGCUGGCGGAGCUGUGUACGCGCACGCCGUACGCGGCGAAGGAGGAGGGCGCGCUGACGCUGCGCCAGCACGUGGAGGAGGAGGCGCGCGAUCUCAGCGGCGAGGCGUUCACGCGUUUCAUGGACACGCUUUACGAAAGGAUCAACGUGCUUGUAGAGAGUACCUCGCCGUCCGAUAAUCUCGGCGCCGUUCACGCGAUCGACGAGUUAAUCGACGUGCCGCUCGGGGAGAGCGCCGCCAAGGCGUCGCGUUUCGCGUCGUUCCUGCGGCGAAUCUUUGAGGAAAAGACAGACGCUGACACGAUCUCCGCGGCGGCGGCGACGUUGGGACACGUGGCACGCGCGGGCGGCGCGAUGGCUGCUGACGUGGUGGAGUUUCAGGUGAAGGAGGCGCUGCGGUGGCUCGAGGGGGAGCGCGUCGAGGCGCGGCGAUACGCGGCCGUGCUUAUUCUGAAAGAAAUGGCGACGAACGCGCCGACGGUCUUUAACGUGCACGUCCCGACAUUCAUCGACGUCAUCUGGGCGGCACUGCGCGACCCGAAACUCGCGGUGCGGGAGCGCGCGGUUGAGGCGCUGCGCGCGUGCCUGCGCGUUAUCGAGAAGCGCGAGACGCGGUGGCGCGUGCAGGGCUACUAUCGACUGUUCGAGGAGACCGAGAAAGGGCUGCAGCGCAGUGCGAGCGUCGAGAGCAUCCACGGCUCGCUGCUCGCGAUCGGCGAAAUGCUUCGCAACACGGGCGAAUUUAUGAUGGCGCGUUACAAGGAAGUCGCGAACAUCGUUCUCAAGUACCGCGACCAUCGCGAGCGCCUCAUCCGCCGAUCCAUCACCGCGCUGCUGCCGCGCAUCGCGCAUUUCCUCCGCGACCGCUUCGUGAGCAGCUAUUUAAAGAUCUGCAUGGACCACCUCCUAGGCGUCAUGAAGAACCCCGCCGAUCGCGACGCGGGCUUCGCGGCGCUCGGCGAGAUGGCCAGCGCCGUCGGGCCCGCGCUGCGCCCAUACCUCCCCGCGAUCUCCGCGCUCCUCCGCGAGGCGCUCACUCCGCGACGCGGGCGCGCGUCGGUGGAGGCGCUGACAUGCGUGGGGCAGCUGGUGGCGGCGGUGGGGGACGACAUGCGCGAGGUUGCGCGCGAGCUGCUCCCCGUGUGCCUGCACACGGGGCUCUCCCUCCCCCUCGUGCACACGCUCGCGCACAUCUCCGCGCACCUCCCCGCGCUCAAGCCGCUCGUCCAAUCACAGCUCAUUGAGGCCAUUACCGCCGUCCUCGCGCGCAAGCCCUCCGCGCGGAUUGGAACCAGCGCGGGCGGCGCUUUCGGCUCGCUGACGGGCGUGCGCCCGCCCGCGGGCGCAGGUGGAGGCGGAAGCGGAUCCGGGGGCUCGCUGACGCUCGGCGGAAGCGCCAGCCUGAGCAGCCUGGCGAGCGGCGCGCUGACAGGCGGGGGGGGCGGCGGAGCGGGGAGCAGCGCGGGCGGCGGAGCGGGGGGAAGCGUGGCGGGGGAACUAUCAAUGGCGGGAGUGACGCAGCUGGCGCUGUGCACGCUGUACUCGUUUGACCUAUCAGGACACGACCUGCUGGAGCUGACGCGUGUACACGUGGCGAGGUACCUGGAGGAUGAUGACGUGGCGACCAGGAGGGAGGCUGCUGUGUGCUGCGCGCACGUCCUCGCCCACACCGCCUCCGCCCUCUCCGCGCCCCCCUCCCCCUCCCCCGCACCCUCCCCGGCGUCCCAGGCAGAACCUGGUGGCGCGGGCCCAGCCUCUGGCGCUGCGGGCGGUGGGGGAGGAGCUGCGCGGGCGGCAGGGGUUGUUUCCGGCAGCGUGGGGGGCGGCAGCGGGAGGGGCAGCAGCAGUGCUGCGGCACUCAAAGUGCAGCGAAUCGCGCAGCAGCUGCUGCUACAGCCGGGCAUGCGGAAGAAGCGGCGAUGCAUUGUGGAGGACAUGCUGGAGCGCCUAUUGGUCUCCUCUGUUGCUGACGUGGACGCUGGCGUGCGCAAGGCCGUCCUCGCGUGCCUCUCCGCACCGGCCUCCACCGCACUGGACUCCUUCCUGGCGCAACCCGACUGCCUCCGCGCGCUCUUCAUCGCACUAAACGACGAGACCUACGACGUGCGAGAGCAGGCCGUUCUCCUCGCCGGGCGGCUCGCCGCCCGGAACCCGGCGUACGUGCUGCCGGCGCUGCGGCGGCAUCUGGUGCGGCUGCUGGGGGACGUGGAGCACAGCGGGGACAGCCGGCUGCGGGAGGACGGCGCGCGGCUGCUGCGCUGCCUCAUCCACUCGUGCACGCCGCUCGUGGCUCCCUACAUCGCGCCCAUCCUCAAGGUGUUCGUGGCGCGACUCAAGGCUGUCUCGGCCGCGCAUGCGGCCGCCGUGGGUACGGUGGGUGGCGGUGGGACGAGUGGGGUGGUGGCGUCGAUGCUGGCAACGGUAGGUGAGCUGGCGAAGGUGGCGGGGAGUGCGCUCACGCCCUACGUGCCCGACCUCAUGCCUCUCAUAGUGGACUCCUUGCAUGAUACCACGGGGCCGGGACCGGGAGAAAGGAGGGAGGUGGCGGUGGUGACGCUGGGGCAGGUUGUGGAGAGCACGGGUUGUGUCGUCGCGCCGUACCGCCACUACCCCCAACUUUUGGGGUUACUUCUGUCGAUGCUGAACGGGCAGCUGGCGUGGUCGAUGCGGCGGUCGGUGCUGCAGGUGCUGGGCAUUCUGGGCGCCUUGGACCCGCACGUCAAUAAGCGCAACCAGCUGCUGCUGCUGCCGCCAGCCAUGGCCGCCCAGGGGGGCGUGGACGCCCGGGGGGACUCCGCAGGAGGGGGUGGAGGCGCGGGUGGGGGUGGCGGAGCAGCAGGGGGAGGCGGGGGGGGCGGGGGAGCGGGAGCAGGGGGAGCGGCGGGAGGAGGAGGGGCGGGGGGAGGGGGCGGGAGGGGCGGGGCGGCGGGAGGCGGAGCAGGGGGCGCAGCUGGGGCGGCAGGCGGGGCAGUGGGACCAUUACAGCCACCGCGCGUGCUCCAGGGCUUCGACCGCAUGGGUGGCAUGGGCGGCGACGACCCACUGACAGACGUGCCGUCAGCGGGAGGCCUAACAGACGAGUACUACUCCACAGUGGCCAUCUCCGCUCUCCUCCGCAUCCUGCGCGACGGCGCCCUCGCAGCCUACCACCUGCGCGUCGUCAGCUCGCUCAUGUUCAUCUUCCGCACCAUGGGGCUCGCCUGCGUGCCCUUCCUCCCAAGAGUGCUCCCGGAGUUGUUCAAUGUCAUGCGCGCGUGUGACGAGAGCCUCAGGGAGUUUCUGUUCUGGCAGCUGGCGCAGCUGGUCGGCAUCGUUCGGCAGCACAUGCGCAAGUACCUGCCAGAGAUCACCGCCCUGAUCCACGACUUCUGGCACCCGCUGCUGCUCUCCGUCUUCCCCCGCCCGCCCGCACCCUCCCCCGUGCUCAACCUAGUGGAGCAACUCGCCCGCGCCCUCCCCGAGGACUUCAAGGCGUGCCUCCCGGACUUGCUCCCGCGGUGCGUGGCGGUCGUGGCGGACGCGGAGCGCAGCGGCGACUACAAGCGCGUGCCGCCCGUGCUGCACGCGUUUGAGGUGCUGGGCGGCAGCAUGCUGGGCGGCGACAUGGAGCCGCACAUGCACCUGCUGCUGCCCGCCGUGGUGCGCCUCUUUAAGCCCGGCGUGUCCGACGUGCCGCUGCCCAUCCAGCGCGCUGCCGUGCGCACGCUCACACGCCUGCUGCCCUCCUUGCACGUGGCGGACCAUGCGGCGGCCAUCCUGCAUCCGCUGGCGCGCGUGCUGGACGGGCCCAGCGAGGAGCUCCGCAGGGACGCUGCUGACGCCAUCUGUGACCUCGCUCUCGCCCAGGGACCCGACUUCGCCCCAUUCAUCCCCACCAUCCGCCGCCUCCUCUCCCGCCACCGCCUCUCCAGCGCGCGAUUCGACGCCAUAGCAGCGUGCCUGCAGCGCCGCGACCCCUCGCUGCUGCUCAACCUCCCCCCCGCCGCCCACUCCUCCCUCCCCCGUGUUCCCUCCUCCGCCUCCUUCGCCGGGGGGAGCACCUGGGGGAGCUCCGAUAAUCUCGUAGGCCAGGGGGGAGCGGCUGGGGGAGGGGGGGGGACGCAGGGGGGAGGAGGGGGAGGCGCGGGCGGGCAGGGGGCGGGAGGAGGAGCGGGGGGCGGAGGCAGGGGCGCGGGCGGCACAGGCGCUGCGGCUGCUGGCGGCGCUGGCGGUGGUGCUGGUGGCGGCGGGGGAGGGCCACUAAACGCCACGGUGGGGUUCGAUGAGGACUGGGGCUUCGACUUCGACGGCAUGGGGUCGUCCCUCGACGCCGUCGGCAGCGCUGGCGGCCCCGGCGGCACCUCCAGGGGCGGCGGCAACAGCAGCAGCGGCAGUGGAACCAACUUGGGUUUAUCAGCUUCAGGCACCUUACGGGUGAACGAGGGGCAGCUGAGGAAGGCAUGGGAGUCGUCUCAGCGCAGCACGCGGGAGGACUGGGCGGAGUGGAUGCGCCACUUCUCUGUAGAACUCCUCAAAGAGUCGCCUUCCCCCGCCCUGCGCACGUGCGCCACGCUCGCGCCCCUCCAACCGCACGUGGCACGGGAGCUGUUCGCGGUGGGGUUCGUGAGCUGCUGGCAGGAGCUGAACGACGCCAGCCGCGACCAGCUCGUGCACUCCCUCGAAGCCGCCUUCGCCUCGCCCAACAUCCCCCCGGAGAUCCUCGCAACGCUGCUCAACCUGGCGGAGUUCAUGGAGCAGAACGAGUGCCCGCUCCCCGUCGACAUCCGCACCCUCGGCGCCUUAGCGGAGAAGUGCCACGCAUUCGCCAAGGCGCUGCACUACAAGGAGAUGGAGUUUGAGGUCGACCCGGCGGCCACGGUUGAAGCGCUGAUUCACAUCAACAAUCAGCUGCAGCAGCACGAGGCGGCGGUGGGCAUGCUCGUGUACGCGCAGCGGCACCUGGCCGUGCAGCUCAAGGAGCCGUGGUAUGAGAAGCUGCAGCGCUGGCACGACGCGCUCGCCGCUUAUGAGCGCCGGGCGGCCGCUGCUGUGGCGGCCAUGGGGGGCGGGGUCGGGGGAGGCGGAGCGGCAGCGGGAGGCGUCAUGGGGCAGACGGGGAUGCUUCUCUCUGGCGGGCCCGGCGCUGCUCCCGGGGGCAUGCACCCCGGCAUGCACCCAUCCAUGCCGGUGUCGGCGUCAGCAGCAUCAGCGGCGUCAGCGGCGCUGCUAGACGCCACGCUGGGCCGCAUGCGGUGUCUGGGCGCGCUGGCGCGGUGGGAGGAGCUCUCUGCGCUCUGCCACGACGCCUGGCCGCCCGCUGAGCCCACCGCACGCGUGCAGAUGGCGCCGCUGGGGGCGGGAGCAGCGUGGAACAUGGGGCGGUGGGAUGACAUGGCGGAGUAUGUCUCCGUGCUGCCUGAUGGGGGGGAUGAUGCCGGUGGGGCGUCCAUGGGUGGGUUUGGCGGGAUGGGCGGCGGUGGCGGGAGGUUCGGCGCGGUUCUGCCGAUGCAGCAGCACCAUAGCUUGGCGGGAGGUUCGGGGGUGGGGUCAGGUUCGGGGCGCAGCGACGGGGCGUUUUUCCGCGGCGUGCUGGCGGUGCGGCACGGGGCGUUCGGGGAGGCGAGGGAGUUCGUGGAAAGAGCGCGGAAGCUACUGGCGACGGAGCUGGCAGCACUGGUACUGGAGAGUUAUGAGAGGGCGUACGGGGACGUGGUGAGGGUGCAGCAGCUGUCUGAACUUGAGGAAGUUAUAGACUACUGCUUGCUGGGGGCAGAUGCAGGGGGGGGAGCAGCUGGUGGGGGCGUGGGAGGGGGUUUUGGAGGGAUGGACGGAGGUGGGGUAAUCGGAUUUGGAGGGGAGGAGGGGCACAUGGGCGCGGGGGAGGUUGAGGCGAGGAAGGCUCUGAUCCGGCAGAUGUGGCGGGAGAGGAUCAAGGGUGCGCAGCGCAACGUGGACGUGUGGCAGGCGCUGCUAGCCGUGCGAUCCCUCGUCCUACCCAUGCACGAGGACGCCCACACGUGGCUCAAAUUCGCCUCUCUCUGCCGCAAGAGCGGGCGCGUGAGUCAGGCCCGAGCCACCCUCCUGAGGCUGCUGCAGCACGACCCUGCCGGGGCCAGGAUGCUCGGGCUGGAUGUUCACGAGGGGGAGGGCGGUGCGGUUACCAGCAUUGGCACUCCGGGCGGCGGACUGGCGGUGGUGGCCGGUGCGGGGGCGGCUGGGGCAGUGCCGCUGCUGCGGCUGCCUUCGGUGGGGUUGCGGGGCGGGGCGGGCGCGGGAGGAGGAGUGCUGGGGGGAAGCGGGUUGGGCAGUCCCUCAUCCACUCCCCCUCUACUCAUCCCAGCCAUGCCACACGUGGUGCUGGGCUAUCUCAAGUACGCCUGGGCGCUCGCCUCCGACGUCAACCGCCGCAACGCCUUCCGCUGCCUGCAGGAUCUCGCUGCCGCGCUCGCAGCCACUCACGGCGCGCCACCUGGCACCGCCGCCCUGGGGCUCGGGAUGGCUUCGGCGUCAAGCUUGGGGGGGGCGCGGCCGGUGUCUCCUCUGCCCGGCAUGACCUCGCUCCCACACACCGGCCACUCACCCCCUCCCCCCUCUGCUAUCCCAGGGCUCCCCUCCUCCUCCUCCCUCGCAGCACCGUCAGCAGGAGCAGCAUGGGCUGGAGCAGCAGCAGGAGCCACAGGGGAGGGCAGCAGCAGCGGCAUGGCGCACGGGGCGCCCCUUCUCUCGCGGGUGUACCUGAAGCUGGGCACGUGGCAGUGGUCGCUCCACCCCACCCUCUCCGACUCCUCCGUCGCCGAGAUCGGCACGUCCCUGCGGGCGGCAACAGAGCUGGCGCCAGAGUGGGGGAAGGCGUGGCAUCGCUGGGCGCUGUUCAACACGGCAGCCAUGACGCAUUUCACGCAGAGGGGCAACGCACACGCCGCUCAGAACCACCUCGUUGCCGCCAUUGCGGGGUUCUUCCGGUCCAUUGCGCUGGCCACGGCAGGCGGGGCGGCGAGCCAGGCAGGCGGGCGAGCGGUGUUUGCUGCUGCUGGUGUGGGGGUAGGGGGAACAGGUGGUGCAGGUGAUGGAAAGGGGAUGGGGGCGGGCGGGGGAGUGGGGGUGGCGAAGGGGCUAGGGUCGGGGAAGGGCGCGGGGGACAGCCUGCAGGAUAUUCUGCGGCUGCUGACUCUCUGGUUCCGGUACGGCGCUACAGCCGACGUGCAAACGGCGCUACAGGAGGGGUUCACGCACGUGAACAUCGACACGUGGCUGCACGUCAUCCCUCAGAUCAUCGCUCGCAUCCACAACAACGUGCCCGCCGUCCGCUCCCUCGUGCAAUCAUUGCUCAUCCGCGUCGGGCGGCAUCACCCGCAGACGCUCAUGUUCCCGCUGCUCGUCGCCUGCAAGUCCAUGUCGCUCUCGCGCUGCGCCGCCGCACAAGCAGUCCUGGACAACAUCCGCUCGCACUCUGCCGCUCUGGUGGAGGCAGCACAGCUGGUGUCUGUGGAGCUGAUCCGAGUGGCCAUCCUGUGGCACGAGAUGUGGCACGAGGCGUUGGAGGAGGCCUCGCGGCUGUACUUCGGAGAGCGCAAUGUGGACGGCAUGCUGGCCGUGCUCGCUCCGCUGCACGCGCUGCUCGAAACCGCCGGCCCGGAAACCAGCACGGAAGCUGCCUUCGUGGAAGCGUACGGGCGGGAGUUGGCGGAGGCGGCGGAGUGCUGCGCCAACUACAGGCGGACGGGGAGAGAGGCGGAGCUGACACAGGCGUGGGACCUGUACUACCACGUGUUCAAGCGCAUCAACAAGCAGCUCCCCGCGCUCACCACUCUCGAGCUCCUCCAGGUGGCGCCUGCGCUGGUCAACGCCCGCGACCUCGCUCUCGCUGUCCCCGGCACGUACCGAGCCGGCCGGCCGACAGUGACGAUCGCCGGGUUUGCGCCGCAGCUGCUGGUGAUCACGUCCAAGCAGCGGCCACGGAAGAUCUCGAUCUUGGGAUCCGACGGCCGGGAGUACGUGUUCCUGCUGAAGGGCCACGAGGAUCUACGGCUGGAUGAGCGCGUGAUGCAGCUGUUUGGGCUGGUCAACACGCUCCUGGCCGGCGCCAGGUCAGCAGCUGACAAGGACCUCUCCAUCGAACGGUACGCAGUGGUGCCGCUGUCGCCCAACAUUGGUCUCAUCGGGUGGUUACCACAUUGCGACACAAUGCACCAGCUGAUUCAGGAGUACCGCGAGGCACACAACAUCGCAGUGAACCUCGAGAGGCGCCUCAUCCUGAGCUUCGCCCCAGACUACGACCACCUCACUGUCAUCGGGAAAGUGGAAGCGUUCGAACACGCGCUGGACAGCACGCCAGGGAACGACCUGGCACGGGUGCUGUGGCUCAAGAGCCGCAGCGCUGAGGUGUGGCUGGAUCGCCGGUGCAACUACACACGGAGCCUCGCCGUGAUGAGCAUGGUGGGGUAUAUCCUCGGGCUGGGAGACCGCCACCCGAGCAACCUCAUGUUGGAUCGCUACUCAGGGAAGAUUAUCCACAUUGAUUUCGGUGAUUGCUUCGAGUCGUCCAUGCACCGCGAGAAGUUUCCCGAGAAGUUCCCGUUCCGGCUGACGCGCAUGCUGGUGAAGGCGAUGGAGGUGAGCGGCAUCGAGGGCACGUUCCGGUUCACGUGUGAGGCCGUGAUGGCAGUGCUGCGGCAGCACAAGGACUCCGUGCUCGCCAUGAUGGAGGCCUUCAUGUACGAUCCCCUCAUCAACUGGCGCCUUAUCAAUCGCACCGGCGCCGCUGCUGCCGCCGCCGCCAGCACCACUGCUGCUGCCGGGGCAGGGGGAGGAGGAGGUGCGGGUGGUGGCGGGGCAGCGGGCGGGGGAGGCGGCGGGGCGGUGCAGUCGCCGCCGCCGCAGCGGGGCGCGCGGGAGCGGGAGAUUCUGCAGGCGCUGGGGCAGCUGGAUGACGCCCAGGAGGUGCUGAAUGAGCGCGCAGUGGCGGUGAUGACCCGCAUGAGCAACAAGCUCACGGGUCGCGACUUCCCCCCUCUCGCUGCCUCUGCCGCCCCGGCCGCUUCUCUCCCGGGAGCCGUGCCGGAGUCCCCUCGCACGGGCAGCAGCAAUAGCUUGCUGGGAGACAGUGGGCGCAGCUUGGAGCGGACCACGUCGGCCAUGGCUGCUGCGGCGAUGGGGAGUGGUGGUGGGGUGAUAGCGGAGGGGCGGGAGAGCGAGCCGGGGGUGAGUGUGAAGGAGCAGGUGCAGCGGCUGGUGGUGCAGGCCACCUCGCAUGAGAAUCUCUGCCAGAGCUACAUCGGCUGGUGCCCCUUCUGGUGA